CUGUUCCUCCCCAUCUUCACCGGUCCGAAGUGAGAGGAUUUGGAUCUGCAGCGGGUUUCUGUUUCAUGGGUUUGCGGCGGAGAGGACGGACGGACCGGUCCGACGUGGAAUUCCGCGGCCCCACUCGUCAGUGGUUGCUGGGUAACAAGCUACCCGUGCCGUGCGAGCUGCGAAACAACCUCUCCGGCUCCUCCUCCUCCGGCUCCGAUGCCCUCCUCCCAUUCCGCCGGACAGGAGUUCCCCGUGGAGGUCGUCAGCGACGAGGAGAUGGCGCUGAUCGAGGCGGCACUUGCCCUCGCCACCGCCCGCCCGUUCCUCUCCUCCGCCCGCUGCGCCGCGCCGCUCUCCCGCGCAGCCUGCUCGGCCGCCGGGCCCGCCGCAGGCGACAUCGAGGACUCACCUCCGCCGCAUACACCGCAGAGGAGGUCACUGCUCGCCCGGUUCCGGGAGCGCCGCGCCCUCGCGGUCACCGACAUCACCGCCACGGAGUGGUGCGACAAGCAGAUGGAGUUCGUGCUCGAACAAGGCAGGCCGGAGAGGACGGAGGCGAUGAAGGCCGGUUCGGACCGCCAUGCCCAGCUCGAGAAAGAGGUUAUUGAGAGAGUAGAUGUGGCCAUUAGAUCUGCAGAGGAAUUGUGGGCUGUAAAAUUCAUGAACUUCAUCGUGGGAACAAACCAGUUGUUGUUCGAUGGCAUCACAAGGGAACUUCCGGUGAUCGGGGUUAUCGAAGGUUCAUGGAUGGUAGGAGUUAUUGAUGAAAUCCGGAUGCCCAUGGAUGGUGUUUCAUCUCAUCCCAUCCUGGUGGAUACAAAGACACGUUCCAAGCCAACGGUUCCCUCUGAAGCCCAAAAAAGAAAUGGAAGGCUUCAGCUGAUGUGUUACAAGUACCUAUGGGACAAUUUGAUUACUGAGAUAUUCCCAGCGGAGUACUUCUUCAGCUAUUUUGACCUGAACCCCAACUACUUGUUAUCAGACGAUGUGAAGUGCUACAUUAGCUCAUUGGGAUUCCAUGCAAAGACCUUUGAAGAUGUAUUGAAAUAUUUUAAAGUUACUUGCCACACACUACCACAAUCUCGAAAACAUCUACUCUUGAGAUAUGAACUUCAGGCAGAUCAUUCACUGCUCGAAGAAUACCAGUUCCCUUAUGAUGCUAUGUGGCUCAAGAAUCAAAUCCAGGAAACCCUUGGCUUCUGGAUGGGGGCGCGAGAAGCUAAAUUUGUGAUUGAAGAGGAGAGGUGGAAAUGCCAUUUCUGCAAAUUUGCGUCGAAUUGCCCGAAGAUGGCUUCCACAACAAGGUGUUGACUGUUGACAUUGACAAUAACAGAUUGUAGCAUUCAAGGAUGCACCUGGGCAGCUCUACUCUGGGUUAGAGCCUGGUGAAAUUUUUACACUGGGCAGCUCUACUAGAUUUGAACAGUGGAAGUGCCUUAAAUUUCCAUUCUUUUGUCUGUUCUUUUCUUUGUUUCAGAGGAAGAAAUUUAGCUCAAUAUUACUUUCCUCAAUAUUCUAUUGUAACUCAAUUGUUACUGAUUGACAUAUUUGAUUGAGUUCGUGUCAUGUAUCCUAAUGAGAAAUAAGUUCCUGGAAUUUGCUUUAUGUGAAGU